AUGGAUUAAAAUCAGGAGAAAAAAAACGAAAAGAAAGCACCUUUUAUUAUUACAACACCAAAAUAGUAAUGUUCAUAACAAAAAUAGAGUGAUCUCUUCUGCUUACUUACACAUUAGUGAUUUUGAGGAAAAACCUAGAUUUAUUGUGGAUGAGAGUGGUAACAAAGUAUUUUAAAAAUUGAAUCCUCCUCCUGAAAAAUCAAAUGUGAAAGCAGGUUAUACAGAACUGUUAAUAAGAAAGGUUUCCUAUUAGGAAGAUCCUUAUGAAAGAAAGGAGUGUCUAGAAAGAUUUGAACAAUUAUAAAAUAAAGUUAAAAUACCAUGUCCUUUUAAAUGUCCAAGAAAUCAUAAAAUCAAGGAGAAAGGAGAUCUUAAAGAGAAAACUGUUGAGUAUGGCAGAAAAGUUAUAAAAAGAAACAUAUCAAGAUUACUUAGUGCAACAAAAAGUAAAGAAUAAACUGAGAAACUUAAUAAAUUAAUGAUAAAAGCUGAUACAUUAUUUAGAUCAAGAAAAAUAGUAACUAAUGUAAAAUAAUAAUAAAAUGUUUCUGGUUUUGAUAAAAAUUUGUUUGCAAAUGUUGAUAAAUGGAAAAAUGUUUUAAAUAUUUUGGAGAAAAAAGAAUAGGAAGAAUUAUAAAAAUCAAAGUUAUCAUUUUAAAAAUAGAGAGAUGAGUAGAAAUAAUAAUAUGUUUUAGAAUCUACUUAAAAGAGAAAAGAAAAAGAAUUUAAAGAAUUAAAAGACAAAGAGAUUAAAGAAUAAAAAGAAUAAAAAAAUAAAGAAAUAUAAGAGUAAAUACUGUAAAAAGAAUUAAAAUAUAAAGAAAUGCAAGAAUAAAAAGCUUAAAAAUUUAAAAAAUAUGAAUAAGUAUAAAAUACAUCUAAAUUAUCAGAAAAUCCUAAAAUUGAUUUAACUCCUAAAAAUAAAACAAGUUUUUCACAUCAUUAAGAAAGUACAAAAUAAUUAAAACCUGCUACUCCAUCCUCAUUUUAAAAAUAAUAAAAUUAAUAAGAACUUAAAAAUUAAUCUUUUAAUUCAAUAUCAAAUACUUAAAAUACUUAAGAAGUCAAUAAAUAAAUAAAUGUUGAUAAAUCUAAUUAGAUCUAACAUUAGAUAAUGUAAAAGUAAAAAUCAAAUGUUUAAACACCCAAAAGUGGUACAUCUAAAUUAAAGUAUACAAAAGAAGAAUAAAUUGAAGUUAAAAGUGUAAAAUCUAAUUAGUAGAGUUAAAACAAGGAUAAAUUAAAAAAAGAAAAUAGUAUAAUAGAUUAACCAAAAUAAAAUAAAUCUUAAAGAUCUCAUAGUUAGAGAUUAAGAUCAGAAGAAGAAAGAAAAUCAAAUCAUUAUUCAGAGGAAAGAAAAGUAUAGGAAAAAGAUGAAAAAAGUAGAUAUUCAGAAGAAAGGAAAUCAAAUAGAUAAACACCAAAAGCCAAAAAUUAAGAAUAUAAUCAGAAAAUAAUUAUGAAACCCAAAAAUUUCACUAGAGCUGGUAGUUAUAAAAAUCCAAAUAUUCCAAAGUAGGACAAUUCUCAAAAGACAAAAGUUAGAGCAUCAUCAUCAGGAAAAAGAACUUAAGAAGAAAAGCCACUAAAUUUAAAUAAUAUAACAUUACCUAAUAAAAUUGUUGCAUCUAACCAUAUGUAAGAUAAAAUCAAUUUAAGCAAAGAAACUUAAUUAUAAACGAUAGAUUAACAAGAAUAAUUAAUAAAUGAGGUCAAAAUUGAUUAAAAUUACUAAAAUUUAAAUAAUUCAAAUGAACAGGAUAUAAUUAAAUAAAAGGAUAAUAUAAAAGAUAAACUAAAUGAAGAUUCAUAAAUUAUUAAAGAUGUUAAAAUAAAUGAGAAUAAUACUCAGAUUAAUAAAAUUGAUAAAUUAGAUGAAGAUCCUAAAAAUGAUAUUAUUGAUAAACUAAAGGAAGAUUUAUAGAUUAAUAAAGAUGAUUUACAUAUUAAUAAAGAUAUUAAAUCAAAUGAAGAUCUAAAGAUUAUUAAAGAUGAUAAAAUAUAUGAGGAUAAUUCUAUUAUUAAAAUUGAUAACAUAAAUUAAGAUCCUCCUAUUGAUAAACCAAAUUAAAAUCUAUCCAUUAAUAAAAUUGAGAGAGUAAAUGAAGAUAAAUCUAUUAAUAAAAAUGAUAAAAUAAAUGAUGAUGCAAUUAUUUCUAAAGAAAUUGAUAAAACGAUUGAAUUCAUUGCAUAACCUAUCAAUAAAGGUCUAUUAAAUAUAAAUGUAAUAGUAAUAUUAAAUAAAGGAUCCUCAAAAGAAUAUGAACGAAAAAGAAUAAAAAAUGACUGAAUUAGAGAAAUAAAUGAGUAUAAUGGAAAACUCAAUACCACUAUAAUCAUAACGUUAGAAAGGAAUUUCUUAAUUUUAAUCAACAAAUUCAUUGUUAAUAAAAUAAGAAUCUAAUAUUUUGAAGGAAUCUUUAUUGACUGAAAGUUUUGUUGAAUCAUAAUUCAAAGAAACAAAAGGAUUAGAUAAAUAAUUACUAAGUUCUUAAUUAAAUGAGCAAGAUUCAAUAAAUUUAUCAGAAUCAUAAGCAACUCUAAAAUCAACAUUGUAAUAGAGUUAAUUUUAAUAAAAAUAAUAGUGA